GCAGUACGGAAGUAGGUUGGGCGCCGGACUCAAGCGCCUUGCGGAAGUAUGCCCUAGCGCACCGGAAGCCGCCUGAAGAGAGCGAUGGCGGGUUUGACGGUGAGAGACCCUGCGGUGGAUCGUUCUCUACGUUCGGUGUUUGUGGGGAACAUUCCAUAUGAGGCUACUGAAGAGCAAUUAAAGGACAUCUUUUCUGAGGUUGGACCUGUUGUUAGUUUCAGAUUGGUAUAUGAUAGGGAGACAGGCAAGCCAAAGGGUUAUGGCUUCUGCGAAUACCAAGACCAAGAGACAGCACUUAGUGCCAUGCGAAACCUGAAUGGGCGUGAAUUCAGUGGGAGAGCACUUCGAGUAGACAAUGCUGCCAGUGAAAAGAACAAAGAAGAGCUGAAGAGCCUUGGCACUGGUGCCCCUGUCAUUGAGUCACCUUACGGAGAGACCAUCAGUCCUGAGGAUGCCCCUGAGUCCAUUAGCAAAGCAGUUGCCAGUCUUCCACCAGAGCAGAUGUUUGAGCUGAUGAAGCAAAUGAAGCUCUGUGUCCAGAAUAGUCCCCAGGAAGCAAGGAACAUGUUGCUCCAAAACCCUCAACUGGCUUAUGCUUUGCUGCAAGCUCAGGUAGUGAUGAGAAUUGUGGAUCCAGAGAUUGCUCUGAAAAUUCUGCAUCGUCAGACAAAUAUCCCAACGCUAAUUGCAGGCAACCCACAGGCAAUCCACAGUGCUGGGCCUGCCUCAGGAGCCAGUGUGUCAAUGAACCAGCAGAAUCCUCAGGCCCCUCAGGCCCAGUCUUUGGGUGGAAUGCAUGUCAACGGCGCACCUCCUCUGAUGCAACCUUCUAUUCAAGCUGGAGUUCCAGUACCAGGGCAAAUACCAACUGCUGUAACCGGACCUGGCCCCGGUUCCUUAGCUCCUGGAGGAGGAAUGCAGGCCCAGGUUGGAAUGCCAGGAAGUGGACCGGUGUCCAUGGAGCGGGGACAAGUGCCGAUGCAAGACCCCAGAGCAGCUAUGCAGCGUGGGCCCUUGCCUGCCAAUGUCCCAACUCCUCGAGGUCUGUUAGGAGACGCUCCGAAUGACCCACGUGGAGGCACUUUACUUUCUGUAACUGGAGAGGUAGAGCCUAGAGGUUACCUGGGACCUCCUCAUCAGGGUCCACCCAUGCACCAUGUCCCUGGCCAUGACAGCCGUGGCCCACCCCCACAUGAGAUGAGGGGAGGACCAUUAGCUGAGCCCAGACCUCUGAUGGCAGAGCCAAGAGGACCCAUGCUAGAUCAGAGGGGUCCACCCUUAGAUGGCAGAGGUGGAAGAGAUCCCCGAAGCAUAGAGGCACGAGCCAUGGAGGCACGGGCCAUGGAGGCAAGAGGAUUAGAUGCCAGAGGAUUGGAUGCCCGUGCGAUGGAAGCCCGUGCGAUGGAGGCUCGUGCGAUGGAGGCCCGUGCGAUGGAGGCCCGUGCGAUGGAAGUCAGAGGGAUGGAGGCCAGAAGCAUGGAUACAAGGGGCCCGGUCCCUGGCCCUAGAGGCCCUAUACCUAGUGGAAUCCAGGGUCCCAAUCCAAUUAACAUGGGCGCAGUUGGCCCCCAGGGAUCCAGACAGGUCCCAGUCAUGCAGGGAGCGGGCAUGCAAGGAGCAAACAUCCAGGCUGGAGGUCAGCCUGGUGGCUUUAGUCCUGGCCAGAAUCAAGUCACUCCACAGGACCAUGAGAAGGCUGCUUUGAUCAUGCAGGUUCUUCAACUGACUGCAGAUCAGAUUGCCAUGCUGCCUCCUGAGCAGAGGCAGAGUAUCCUGAUCUUAAAGGAACAAAUACAGAAAUCCACUGGAGCACCUUGAAAGGUUUUCAAAAAUCCCUGGCAACAAGUCUGGAAGUUAAUUAUAUAACUCUAUUGAAAUGUUGCAAAAAGAUGGCUUCUACAUCCUUAACCCUUGAAUGACUCAAAUUGGUGCCAGGUGGAGGACUCCCAUCACCUUCUCUCAGAACAAAACAAGUCCUUUCUGUUGUCUUAGUUUGUAUAUUUUCUGUGACUUGAAAUAAACUUUGAACACAAUUUUAGUAUACUGCAAA